CAUUAGGCCAGUGAAUCAUGCUAUUAUAAUUCAUAGUAAUACAAAAAAAUGUGUUUAUUAACAACUUGUCGUUGUUUUUAUAUUUCUUAUUCAAAUUUAGAGACUUGAAUGCCACCGUUGUGGACUGAUGAUUUGGGUUGCCUUGUUCUGUGCACUACCCCAACAACCCGUGCGGUGAUGGCGAGGAAACCCCGUUGACAAGGCACUGCUUUUUCAUGACGCCCAGGAAGCAAAGGGUGUUAAAUGACUGAAUUCAUGCUUCCUGCUGGAAAUCUGUGUCAUGGAUGAUGAGGACGAUCGCCAUCUUCUGGAUAUUUUAGGAGAUGUGGAUGCAUUGAAUGACUAUCUCCAUGGCAGCAACAGCAAGUCUAUUGAGGAGGAUGAUGUAACAAAUGCAGCUUAUGGGUCGGAUGGAUCUUUCUUUUCUAGUGACACAGUUGGCUCCAACUCUGGCCUCAAGGAUGGCUCUUCAACAAUGGGUGAAUUCUGUGAGGAUUCAACAGGGGCAGGCCUCCAGCUCUCCAGCACCCUUUCAUUUAUCGAGGAUGAAUUGGGGUCUGGGAGCUCCCCUGGAGGGGUGGAUUUCGGUGGAGAGGACCAGCCCUUUGACAUCCUACAGAAGUCUCUCAUGGAGGCCGACAUCACGGAGCAGACAUUGGCCCAGGAGGCCUUACUAGAUUCCCAGCCGGCUCCCACUUUGGUGCAGGCUCCUGUUUCCUUCCCCUCCCAGCUGGUCUCUGGAGGUUAUGGAGGGGGAGUGGGUGUGGUAACAACGGCGACAGCUGCGUUCCCCACAGGUCAAUUCCUGCAAGGGGUGUCCCAGCUGCCAAAUGGCUCCGCCCAGCACAUCCAGGUGUUGGGCUCCUUUGGGGCGGGUGGUGGUGUGAUGACUCUGAGUAGCUUGGAGAGAACUUCUCAGCUUGUGCUGAGGCCGGGUACGCCUGUAGCUGCAGCGGGGGCCGCUACAGGGGGGCAGGUGUUUGCCCCUAACCAAGGGCAGGUAGGCCAAGUUGGCUUACCGUUCAAAAACAUCCCCCUUCAAAACAUCAUCAUCCAGAGAGGCCCGGGAGGGACCCAGACUCUUGUCAGACCUAUCCAGCCUAAACCCCUUCAAGCUGGGGCUCAAACUGUCUACAGCCUUGGUCUUCAGGCCACUCCCACCACCAUGGCUAAUGUAGUUAACGCUAACACUGCUUCUCCUGGGGGACAGUACACAGCCAAUGGGUCCAUUGUAGUGCAGUCGCCCCUGGAGCAGCAACAAGCACAGGCCCAGACAAAUAUACCACAGGGACAGUUCUUGCUGCCCAGCUCUUUGGCACUCACUCCAGCUAACACCAUCCACAAUGGCCCCGCUGACCCCAACUCAAAUGCCCUAAUUAGCAGUCAAAACGCGGUGCAGAUUGUUGCGGGGCAGAACUUCUCUGCACCACCAGGAGGCCAGCUAAUUUUUAAUCAGGGAGCAGUCAGUAGGAGUCAGGUUGGAGGGGUUGUAACUCAAACAUGGACCGGAGUUUCUUGUGCGAACCCUGUGCAGACAUCGUGCGCUCCUGGGCGUCUGACUCUCGUUGGCCCAGCGGCGGCAGGGAUCGGCGGUCAAAGCCAAGUGUCAUCGAGCCCCGUUCAGCGCCUUCUAGUGACUCAAACUCAGAAUUGCACUUCUCUGUCCCCUUUAGCUGGUACUGUGACGCAGGAACAAGACUACAGACAGAAUUCUUCAUCACCUGCCCUAAAACAGGCACAGCUCAGCGGCAUCCAUGAUCUCCCUUUAGCCAUGACAACCAUGACUCAAGAUUCAAAGCUGAACUCUCAGGUCAGUGCUCAGAAGAGACCUGCCCUUCCGCCACUUACAAGAGGAGAAAUGAUUUUACAACAGUUGAGGAAGGAUCAUGCUCGAGUUCAGACCCUAGAUCAGCGUCGAUUCAGUUCAAUCGAUGAUGCACUGCAAAGACUCCUCCCGUACCACGUGUUCCAGGGGGCACCACCCAGCCAGGAGGAGUUCUCACAAGUGGAUGAAGAAUUUGAGGUAGUUGCAACUCAAGUGCUAAAGAGGACCCAUGCCAUGGUGAACAAAUACAGACGGCUACUGUUGGUGGAAGCUGAGCGUUCCAGUCCGUCAUCAGAAAUGGUGAUGAUUGACAGGACCUUCAACCAAGAGGAGCGUGGCAACUUGACACAAGACAAACGCAUGGUAUUAGUGGAUCCAGACACCUUCUUGGAAGACUUCUGCUGUGGGAUGAAAUCAAAACUUUUCCAAGAUCCCUUCCCCUCUCAGUCGUCGUCCAAGUCAGACAGAGGCUCUACGGAGCCGCCGUACAGGACAGACUCCAAGCCCGGGUAUGGGGACCCGGGAGGGGGUGGAGCUGUAGUACCAGGUGCGGCAGAUAGACUCCACCCUUCACUCUUAGAAAACAAGAGUGUCCUGGAACUGAAGAGAUCCCAGCAACACUACGGGCCCAGCAGCGCCAGCAACAACAGCCUCAUCGCUGCCAACAGUUUUCCCCAAGGUAACCCCUCACCUAUGGCAGCAACGUCAAGAGGACAGACGCACUACCAGGUGUCUCACCCCCUGUCCUCUCAACCGAUCCAGCCCCAGUACCCCCCUCAGCUCACCUCACCCCCUCACACCGACACAGACUCUGCUCUAGAGGCGGCAGUCAACAGCAUCUUGGAAUGUUAAGACUGAUGUCACCCCCAAUGUAUGGUUUUGACUCCUUUUGUGUGUGUACGUUUUUGUCAUCGUUGUCCCACUCUCCUGUUGUAAUAUUUGUUGAAUUCCCCCACAACCCUGUGUGAAGAGAGGUUGACUCGUCUUUCAGGUCUAUUAUCUUUGUGAUCUCCGGCCAUGUAGCAUGUAUUUAGUUUGUUUUGGUUUACUUUUUGGGGGGGGGGGGGGCUUUGAGGCAUCAAGGUGCCAGAUGAAUGCAGGCUCUUAAAAUGACCCAUAAAGAACCGGGAAUGUGUGCAAUGCAAUGUACGCACGGGUGGAAAAUGUUCUUGUUUUGUUUACUUCAACAUUAUUUUAAAGGAGUAGGGUCUGCAAUUCCAGUAGCUUGAAUAUAAGAGUGUCCCUUUCUUCACACAAAGCCUCAUUAAUUUUGUGCCUGUUGAAUACCCCCAAUACCUAUGCUGAAAAACAGGGAGCGGGAGGAGGGACAAAAUGACGACUCUGUGCCUAAUUCUAGGUUUUUAUUUUGAAGUGUUUACAUGAAGGAGCUCUAUUCGAAAAUACCCAUUUACUUAUAGUUCCUUCCUGCAUUACAAACAUACACACACACACACACACACACACACACACCCACGCUUUAGUACAACGUGUUAAGUAGAUCCAUGCUUCAGUAGAGACACAUUCACAUAGACCAAUUGCACUAAACGUACUGUUGCUUAUUUCAGGAACUAUAUGAAUAUGUGGCUGUCGUUGAUAUCCAGUGUCUGCUAGGCUAAACAGAAUGUGAAUAUUUGGAACAGAACCAAAAUCUAUUUGUCUGCUUUCACUUGCCUGCAACAAGGAUAGCCUCUUAAUCACACUAGAAACCAUUUAAACUAGUCACAUAUACAUAUAUGGUAGUGUUACUGUACUCGGCAAUGCUUUAUUUCUUGUGCUUAAGUCACAUUUUCUUUGGCAUUUUUCUUUUGUACCUUAAAGGUAUGCAAGCCCUGACACAGACACAAGACAACUACUCGAUCUCAACCACUUUUAUCAUUUCACAGUGUGUUUGUGUCAGGGGAGCUUAGUCCUCAGAUUGAGGAAGAUAUGUUACAGUAUCUUUUUUUUAAUUUAGAUUUUUAUUUCUUUAUUUUUGUUUUUAGAAAUGACAUUUAAAAAGAUGACUGUUUUUUGUUUGUUAUGAUGUGUUCCCCGGCUUUGUGAAGAUGACAAUAUCAUCAUUAGUUCAAAUGAUGAUCAUUGAUUGUACGUAUGUUGGUCUGCCUUCUGCAUAUAAUUCUAUAUUGAUCAUAUCCAGCUAUCUAUGCUUUGACAUGACAUGUCUCUCAGUGUGUGUGUGUGUGUGUGUGUGUGUGUGCGUGCGCGCGCGUUAAUCUUUAACAUACACACUGGUCUAUGACUAUGUGUUUUCGUGUUUGGUUGUUUGAUGCCAUACUCUUCUUGACUUUAUUCCCAAGUGUUGGCUGGGUCCCCCAUGAUGUUUUUCUCACUUUCCCGUGUUUCUUUUGAAGCAUUUCCCACAUUUCCUCUCCUUUCCCUCUCAGCAGCGCAACCAAAACUCAAGACAGGAGAGAGUGUGGCCUUGUCCAGAAUCACCGUCAGAUCUUUAUGUCUUUGUGCUGGUGACAACAGCUCUGUAGUGUUUCCUCUGAAGCUGUGCCCCUAAAGCUCCCACUGUGUUCUGGUUUUGUCUGAGAAUUGUUGAGUUUUCAUUUAGUUCUUAGAGCCCAAACUUCACUUACUGUGAUAUGUCAUCAUGAUAAAGAAUUAAUCCCAAAUAUUGGCUAUGUAUUUCUGUUUUUCGAAGGGCAUUUAUGCAAAUCUACAGAAAUCUAUGGUAUAAGCAAGAAAGGGUGAUUUCUGCCAAAGCCAACACAGAACCAAAGCGUAGGUUAAAUGCUCUUGGGGUUGAUUCUAGAUAGUGUCACCUUUCUCCUAUAAACGUGUCUAUGAAAUAUGCUUGCCAAUAGGCUACAGGAGCAGACUAUAGGCCUUUUAUAUGAGGUGAUAGAGAACACACCUGUCUUCUAUUUUUGUGUUUGAGUGCCAGUGGCCAGCAGCCCACCUGUAUCUCUGCCUCAACCCUUAUAGACCUCUUAUAUUUACCAGUGCACACUGAGAAAACUCCUGCUUCUCUAAUGACAUGUAAGGGUCAGAUUUGUUAUUUGCUCCUUCAAGUGGUUGCUGCAAGACUUUGUGCCUCUUUAGCACUUAUAUCCACAAGAAAGUUAGUUUUGGACUUGCACAAAGUAGGGACGUGUUGGUGAAACGCGUUAUUUGGAUGCACAUCAUUGUCUGAGGGCUUGGUGGGAACAUACUGUGCUUUUUCUUUCCUGUUUUCAGUGCAGAGAUGUUUUUUCUGUCUUCAUUUUCACUGUUUUGUCUCACUUGAUUUGUUGUUGUUUGUUGUUUUGUACAAAAAUGAAAAGUGAAACACAAAAUAUUUAUAAUUUUUGUAUGGAGAAAAUAAGAAGAAUGUAAAAACAAAAAACAAAAAAAAGGAAAUUGUUUUUUAUUGUGUUGGCUAAGAAGCGGUGGCGUCAAGAAAAAUCAUUACAAAAAAUACUGUCAUUUCUUCAUUUGUAGCUAAUGUGUGUUCACUACAGCAGCAAGGAGAGUCAACAAUAAAUUCAUUUUGAAUACAAUAACAAA